CAGGGGCUGACGGGAAAGAAGAAGGCGGAAGUGGAGGGGGUGUCUCGGCAAAAUGGCGGCCACGCUGCGAAUCCAGAGCGACUGGAGCCAGGCGCUGAGGAGGGACGAGGGCGAGGCCUGGCUCAGCUGCCGGAGCCCCGGGAAGCCGACUCUGUAUGGCAGCCUGACCCGCCGCGGGCUCAGCACUGAGGGUGUCCCUGACAUCGCCGCUUCCGAGGGCUUCGUGGUUGGGGAAGUCACCAAGAAAAGUAUUCUCAUUUCUUGUCCUCACGAAAAUGUGUCCACAAAGUUCCUGGCCCCGUACACAACUUUUUGUAGAAUUCAUCAGAAAAGCAUUACCUGUCUUGAUAUUUCCAGUGGUGGAGGGCUUGGCGUGUCUACCAGCACAGAUGGGACCAUGAAAAUCUGGCAGGCUGCAAAUGGAGAAAUAAGAAGACUAUUGGAAGGCCAUGUGUAUGAUGUGAAUUGUUGCAGGUUUUUCCCAUCGGGCCUCGUGGUUCUGAGUGGGGGAAUGGAUGGCCAACUAAAGAUCUGGUCAGCAGAAGAUGCCAGCUGCGUAGUAACGUUUAAAGGUCACAAAGGAGGUAUUUUGGACACUGCCAUUGUGGAUCGGGGAAGAAAUGUCCUUUCCUGCUCCAGAGAUGGUACUGCCCGUCUCUGGGACUGUGGAAAAUCUGCCUGUCUGGGUGUCAUCGCUGACUGCGGCUCUCCUGUCAACGGCAUUGCCGUGGGUGCUGCUGACAACUCACUGAACCUGGGCACGCCUGAAAAAGCUCCUAGUGAACGUGAGAUUGGGACAGAAGGGAAAAUCCUGCUGCUGGCUCGAGAAGACAAGAAACUUCAAGGCGUGGGACUGCAGAGUAGGCAGCCGGUGUUCCUCUUCAUUGGAUCUGAUGCAUUCAACUGCUGCACAUUCCUCUCAAGUACCUAUAUCCUAGCAGGGACUCAGGAUGGGAACAUAUAUCAACUGGAUGUGAGAAACACAAAAGCUCCAAUCCAGGUCAUCCAUAGAUCAGGAGCACCCGUGCUUUCGCUGCUCCCAUACCGAGAUGGGUUUAUUGCCAGCCAAGGUGAUGGAACCUGCUUUAUUGUUCAGCAAGACCUUGAUUAUGUCCUGGAUCUCACAGAAGCUGACUGUGACCCUGUGUACAAGGUGUCUUCUUGGGAGAAGCAAAUCUACACAUGCUGCAGAGAUGGGAUAGUGAGGAGAUACCAGCUUUUUGACCUUUAAGUGUUUGGAUCAGCCAAAUAGUGGAGAUAUGUGUUGAAAUAGCUCUUCUAAGUUUAUUUGCCUGUACAGCGUGUUUUGAGAUGUGUAUAUAGAAGUUUCUGAGGUAUAGAAAAAUUUCUGAGGCUAUUGUGAUGACCAGGCUUUAUACAGAGGGUUUUAGUGACAGGUAAUAUUUCUUUUUACAAGAUAACUUUGAUCAUUUUUAAUUGGGAGAGCGGCUCUGAGGCGUUAGAGGAUCUUGUGUUGCAACAACUUGUUUUUUUUUUUCACUGCUGCAAAACUGCUGUUUCUAGGGUGGGGUGUGGGGAAAUAAAAUGGGGGGGUGGGGCGAGGCGAUGAAGGUGACUGUAUCACCGUAUGGACUGAAAUAAAGCAGCUGCUUUGAUAACA